AAUUCAGGGAUUCAAUGAGUCUCAGAAGAAGGAAUAUUUCAGGAAGAGAAUCAGUGACCAGCAUCAAGCCAGCAGAAUCAUCUCACACAACAAGAAGCCUCCACAUCAUGUGCCACAUCUCUGUCUUCUGCUGGAUCUCAUCCACUGUGCUUCAGAAGCUCCUGAAAGAAGAUCUGAGUGCAGAAAUCCCUCAAACUCUGACUGAAAUGUACAUCCACUUCCUGCUGAUUCAGAUCAACAUGAGGAAUCAGAAGUAUGAAGAGAGAGAUCCAGAGAAACUCCUGCAGUCCAACAGAGAAGUGAUUGUGAAACUUGCUGAAGUGGCUUUCAAACAGCUGAUGAAGGGCAGUGUGAUGUUCUAUGAGGAGGACCUGAUUGAGAGCGGCAUAGACGUCACUGAUGCCUCAGUGUAUUCUGGGAUUUGCACUGAGAUCUUUAAGGAGGAAUCUGUGAUUCAUCAGAGGAAAGUCUACAGCUUCAUUCAUCUGAGUGUUCAGGAGUUUCUCUCUGCUUUCUAUGUGUUUUAUUAUUAUGUAAUGAUACAUAUUGACAAAUUACAGUUUUUUGAUGUAGUGCAUAAUCUGCAUAGAGAAAUAAUCAAUAAAGCCCUUAAGAGUGAGAAUGGACAUCUGGAUCUGUUCCUGCGGUUCCUGCUGGGCGUCUCACUGGAGUCCAAUCAGAGACUCUUACAGGAUCUACUGACACACACAGAGAACAGCUCAGAGAGCAUCAGGAGAACCACACAGUACAUUAAAGACAAGAUCAAAGAUGGACAUGAACUCUCCACUGAAAGAUCCAUCAAUCUGUUCCUCUGUCUGCUGGAAGUGAAAGAUCAGACUCUGUCCAGAGAGAUUCAGGAGUCUGUGAAAUCAGACAAACACUCAGAUAAAAAACUCUCUCCGUCUCAGUGCUCAUCAAUUGCCUACAUGCUUCAGAUGUCAGAGGAGGUGCUGGAUGAGCUGGACCUCAUGAAAUACAACACAUCAGAUGAGGAGAGAAGAAGACUGAUACCAGCUGUGAUCAAUUGCAGAAAAGCUCUUCUUGCUGGUUGUAAUCUCACUGCUCAGGAUUGUGAAACUGUAUCAUCAGCUCUUCAGUCCUCAAACUCUGUUCUGAGAGAGCUGGAUCUGAGUAACAGUGACUUGCAGGAUUCAGGACUGAAGCUGCUCUCAGAUGGACUAAAGAGUCCAAAUUGUCAGCUGGAGAUACUGAGAUUGUCUGGCUGUAUGGUGACAGGGGAAGGCUGUGGUUAUUUGUCUUCAGCUCUGAGUUCAAACCCCUCACACCUGAGAGAGCUGGAUCUGAGCUACAAUCACCCAGGACAAUCAGGAGUCCAGCUGCUCAAACACAAACUGGACGAUCCGAACUAUAAACUGAAGAUACUCAAGUAUGUACAGCUGAUAUGAUUAAUUUAUGUGUCUGUAUGUGAUGGGGAUCACCUAAGAUCUUGUAAGAAAUUUCUU